GAGAGAGAGAGAGAGAAACAAAGUCUCUGGAUGCGGAAGUGGUUGUGGUGAGCAACAUGGGUGUGGCCUUUUUAACAGUUUUUUUUUUUUAACCCGCCUGUCAGAGGUCAUUUCACAGAGGAAAGCACUGUGGAUGAUGAAGCUUUGGACGCAUCCCUGGAACCAAACCCCUUGCCGGAUGGAUGCUAAGAUUUACAAGGCCUUUCUGAUAUGUCUUCUGUUUGCCAUGUCAGAAGUGUCGUGGGCCCAGAGUCAAACACCCAUAGAUCAAACGAUGUCUCCCACCAAACCUACGACUCCCACUAGAAACAGAACCACCACAAACGCUGAAACCGCCCCGAAAAAUCUCCCAGAGAAAACCACAUCUGGACACAACACCCAAAACACGUCAGUCAGCUCCACAGUAUCCAAAGCAAGAACAACAGCUGUCACUCGGAAUGCAACAGCGCUUCAAACAAAGCCCACAUCUGCUACAGUGUCAUCGGUGGGGAAUACAAAGACCACUGUCUGGGAUCCAAAGUGGGAUGAACCUUUCACCUAUGAUUAUCAAUCUCUGCGAUAUGCUGGCCUGACCAUUGCCAGUGUGCUCUUCGUUUUGGGAAUUAUGAUCAUUGGCUGUGGCAAGGUCUGCCGGCUGCCCAAGUGUCACAAGAGGUCAACGAAAUCAUACCGUGUGGUCCAAGGAUAAGAAGAUGUGCAAACGAUGGCAGCCAUGGAAAGUUUCAAGAAAUUACAAAACGACUUAGUCCGUCAGCGAGAAAAACACUUGACUAACGCCUGGCAACGUGUUUGUGUGCGGUCUGACGGGCUAAUUGUACUGCUUGGUAACUGUGGUGGAAGUUUGAGUAAACAAAUCUUGACUCAUGCUGAUGAAUGGAAAACCUGAGACCUGUGUUCAUGUCUAUAAAAAUAUAUAUUUAUAUAAAAAAUAAACUGUACUAGAAAUUUAAUUGUCCUGAACAAGCUCACUCUAAUUUUAAUUGUAUCAAAUAUGAAACAAAGUUUUGUAAAGAAAAAAGUUAAUCACUAAAGGUCAUGAAUAAACAUUUGCACACUGA